AAAUCUUUCGUUUCCAAACGUCAACGUUCAACUUCAAAUCUCGACUGCCACCCACCAUGGGACAGUACUGGACAUUGAUCAACAUCGACAACAGAGAAUCUUCCGGACAUCUGGGAAAGCUCGGAGAAUUUUUCUGGGGUUUCAACAAAAUCAUUACCUAUCUACUGGCCCCUAACAUUCCUACAUCUUACAAGUUGAGGACACCUAUGGAGAAAUUUCAGACAAACAGUAGUGGGGCGACCCUGCUAACCCUUCCCGAUGAGUUGUUACUUAUUAUUGCGGAGGAACUUGUGGAGGAUUACCUGGAACUCAUGUGUUUUUCUUUGACAUGUGUGGCCAUGUGGGAGGUCACCGAACAAGUUCGAUACCGCUCUCUCUACGCCAAGCUGAAGACGUUCAGCUGGGCUGGUGGUCGCAUUAUCUUGUUAGGAGAUUAUGGCAGCGCCUUACCCCACGGAGUCCUCACUGCUGAGGAUAUCAAACAGCUUAAGCUGACAAAAUACCGCAAAAAGAAUCUCGGGACAGGACUCUAUGACCAGCGGUUCCAGGAACCGAAUUCGGACAUUUCCCUUCUCAAGGACGAGAGAGUCCAAUCUAACGCUACUCUUGGCAGAGAACUGGGGGAAUUCUCUCGUAACAAGCCAUUUUCCGAUUGGAUUUGUCUGAAGUGGAAGGACUUCAUGCUCGUGAGAACGGAGGGCGACUACUGGAUGAUUCGGAACUUCACCAAACGGGAGUUCACCAAGUCCAAUAGGCGCAACCUCACACAGGCCCUCUACUGUCUCAUCGGUUGUUCCCAAGACCCUUCAGUUUCCAUGCCCGGAGGCGAGGACCUCAUUAACGGUAAAUGGGCUGGACAUAGGAUUGAUAUCACACUCGCCUCGGUUCAUAAGCAAGAAUAUGAAGAUUAUUCAAAUUGGAAGGAUAUCACCCCACACAUUAAGGAGUUUUUAGAGUGGUUGGCGAAAGCUGGGGGAGAUAGGAAAUUCAAAUUUCUUUGAGAAGCCAAACCAUUUAAUAUUUACCACCCAUGUAUAUGGCUUUCUUAUGAGCUGCUCAGGAAUGAUGUUAUGUCUUCUAUCGAAUGUCUGCCUUACAAUAACAGUCUACGAUAUUCAAAGCACCGCUCCCUGUAUAGUCCCCCCCCAGUAAUGAAGCUACACCUUUGAUGCGCGCCGACACAAUCAGUGAAGCUGGCGUAACCUCCGGUAUAUCCGGUGGCAUCCAGCGUUGAGCUUUACAACGAAGGAGAGUCUGCGCAUAUGCCUGUCACUCAAGGGCCGAUGUAACUUAACGCGUU